AUAUUGUAGACUAGAGAAUCCAACAGAACCCACAAAGCAAUUUGCUCCCAACUUUUUGAACAACCAAAAAUUCAGAGGCUUCAACAACUGAAGAAGCUCUCAGAGAGAGGAAGAGGACAAAAGCACAAAAUGUAUGUUUAUCCCAAGGUGAAGGUCAGGCAGCAACAAGAAGAGAAAGAUGAUCAACAUGCCCUUCUUGAUUUUGAUUCUCCAGGGAAGGAUCAAGAUGUUUCUCCAGCUACCAUUGCAAGAGUUCCAAAAUCUUAUGUGCCACUGCCAAGAGUAGUUGUGCCAUCGAUCUCUGUUGCUGAAGGAGUAAAGAAAGCCAAUAAGAUUGAAGAGAUGAAUAAACAGAAUAUUAGAGCCGGCUCAAUCCCUCCCCCGCGUGCAGUCUUAUCCAGUCCUGAUAAUGAUAUGGUGAUUGGAAACAAAAAUAAGAUCAAAGCACAACGAUCAUCGGCUCUGAAGAAUCAUAGCAUGGUUCAGAAUAGAAGUACACAAUGUACUCCACUCCGCAUUACUGGAAAUUCCAUAAAAACAAAAAGUUCUAAGGGGACUUUGGUUGAGAACUGUCUUAAGGAAAGGAAAGGAUCAGCAUCAAAACUAACAAGUCAGAUACAACCACCAAGAACUGGGAAACCAAGCUCUAAGAAAAAGUGAGUGCAUGGUUUCUAGUUUACAUUAGAUGGGUGUUAAUACCUGAGUAACUUACUCUGAUUAAAAUGUAUCUACCUAGCUAUGUGACUAAUUGAAUGUUUGCUUUAUGUAGUAAGUAGUAACCGUUAGAUCGGUUGCUUACUGUUGUGUGAAGUGUGAACUAUACUGAUAUUAAUUGGAUCCGUCUUUUCUGAUGAAUAGCUUGUGCUUUGUU